GGCGCCAGACGACACUAAAAGUCCUUGAACGCCUCUUCGCAGCAGAGCGGACCUCGAAUGCCAGACGAAACCGACUUCACUUUUGUGACGCACCCCAACCGUCCGCUGCGUCGUGGACUUCUUGACUUACUCCGGUAACAAACCAAAAAAAAUAAUAACAAUAAAAAUAUUAAUAGAUACCUAUACAAAAGAAAAAGAGGGCGAUUCGUUUCACGUUGAAUAUUGCACCGCCAACAUACCAAAACAAGGAAACAAACCAAAAAAGAUAAUAAACAAAUUGAAGCCCCCCUCCAAGCACCCCAGCGGGUCUCCGUCAACAAUGCCGCUGAGCGUGAACGGAGUCCUGUGCACGCUGGCACUGCUGCUCGUCUGGCGAGCGGAGGAGCUGGCCGAGGCGUGCAGCUGCGCCCCGGUGCACCCGCAACAGGCAUUCUGCAACGCCGACGUGGUGAUCCGGGCGAAGGUGGUGGGCGAGCGAGAGGUGGACUCCGGCAACGACAUCUACGGGAACCCCAUCAAGAGGAUUCAGUACGACGUCAAGCAGAUCAAGAUGUUCAAGGGACCCAGUCAGGACAUCGACACCAUCUUCACCGCGCCUGUGUCGGCAGUGUGCGGCGUCACCCUGGACACGAGUGGCAAGAAGGAGUACUUGAUCUCCGGCAAGGCCGACGCCGGCGGGCAAAUGCACGUGACGCUGUGCGAUUAUAUUAUGCCGUGGGACUUGUUGAGCAACACCCAGAAGAAGAGUCUCAGCCAACGCUACCAGAUGGGCUGCGAGUGCAAGAUUGUCCGAUGCCCCCUGCUUCCCUGCGAGAUCUCGGCCCCUGAGGAGUGCUUGUGGACAGAUCUGAUGAUCGAGAAGCAAGUGUACGGCCGCCAGGCCAACCACUACGCCUGCGUCAAGCGCGCCGACGGCUCCUGCUCCUGGUACCGCGGCGUGGCCCCGCCCAAGAAGGAGUUCCUGGACGCCGAAGACCCCUAGGGUAGGCCCCCUCCGCUCGGGCCUGAAAAUUUCGACUCACGCAACCGUCGGGCCGUUUUGAUUUCGAGGGGGGAAAACGAAUCUGUAGCCUCUCUGUGUCUAUUUUAAACCAAAUGAGCGUUCUUUGUUGUCGUCGCGGUUGAGGCAUGAGACUGGUCUAGUUAGUGAUGAUGUAGUUUCCUCCUGAGGCUGGCGUCAGGAGGACAGAACUUAGGGUUUUUUUUUUUUGGGGGGGGGGGUUUAGGGUUUUGUGCGAGUGUGUGUGUGUGUAUGUGUGUAGCGACAGAGCACUUCCUCUAAAGCUCUUUACGUCCAAGUCCUAACCAAUCGAUCCGCGAGCUGCGCACGAUGAUUCACUUCUAUGACCUCAUUGUCUGUUUUAUCCAAAGCCAAAAUUCCAAGUUGCCUUUUUUUUUUUUUUAAAUUCAUCUUUUGUGUGUAUCUUUUUUUGAAGCACGCCCACAUCAGGCUCUUCCUCGUUUUGAAAGCAAAACGAUCCGACAUUUUCAUUUGGUGACAAAUAGCUCACUGGACAAAUCUAUGGUGUGUGUGUGUGUGUGUGGUGUGUGUGUGUGAACGUACACGACAUUUCCUUGCUCCCAUUUUCCAUGAAGCAUAGUGAACCGUCUUCAAACAAGAGGCUUAUUUUGCACAAAUAUGGAAAAAUGUGUGUCCCCGUUGCGCACAAUAGUCCUAUGAUGCCGCUUAUCUGCUAUAUGCGAAAGGUCACGUGACCAAACAGGAAAACACGUUAUCUGACUUUCUCUGUUAGCGUCUCCUAUUCUAACGAGCAUGACUAUAGAUUAUUGAUUUGAUUAUUUGAAGCAAAGCUUGAUAAAAUAUAGUUUUCUUUAUGACUGGUGUCUUUGGACAAAAGUUAAAUAUUUCAAUAUCAUUAAUUUAUACUAUCAUGAUAUGAUAUAUGGAAAGACAAACUAAGCCUAAACAUCAAAUAUUGUCGUUUUUGCUGUUUCUGUGGUGAGAUCUAGCAUUUAAAAAAACAAAGUUUAAAAUUCAUACGAUUGCUUUGUCACGGGUCCAUUUUUGCCGUUCGUGUACGUGCAAAUGUUUGGAAAAAUACAGCUGAAUCAUUUAAAUCGAAUCAGUGAACCGAUCCAACUAGUCAUUGCUCGUCAGGAUUGAACUCAUUUGAGUCUAAUGAAUCGGGCAGUUUAGUCAGCUGAGCCCGAUUUCUUGAUUCAUUUGAGCCCCUUUAGUCACUGAUACAAGAAAGUCAGCAAAACGGACUCCGUGAUAAGAUGGACUUGAGUUUCUGAGUCCACCCACUUGAGUCAAUGGUCUGAAGUGCACCGACAGACCGAUACACCAGAGUCAUUUGAGUCAAUCAACUUGAGUCAGUGAACCAAUACAACAAGUCAUCCAAAUGAACUGAAUCCAGUCAGUACAGCUUUGAUCAUCUUGAAUCUGCGUACUUUCCGCAGAUUCAACUAAUUCAAAUUAGUGAAUUAAUACAACUGAGUCAUUUGAGCCCAACAACCCAAAUAUACCAGUUUUUGGAGUCUGCUAACUUGAGUCGGUAAUCUUGGAUGACGAUGUCCUAUGGAUUCAGAGUUACUGAAUCGAGUCAACGAAUCGACACGAGACAACUGAGAUCCCAUCUGAAUCAGUUUACCGAUCCAACUGAAUCUUUUGAGUCUGUGUAAUUUCUUCUUUGGCCGCUAAAUGGAGUCAGUGAAUCGACAGAAUGAGUCAACUGAGUCUCCUAACCUGAGUCAGUUUAUGAACAGAAUCGAAUCGUCAUUUUUCUAUUUUGUUUUUAGUGAGUCCACAUUUUUGAGUUUCAUAAGCCUCUUGUUUCGUCUCUUGUACUGAAAUUUAUGUUAAAUGGGAGCAAUAAUUCACAGUGUUCUAUUCUUUCCGGAGGCACCCACGCAUACACCUAUUUAUCCUGACUUGACCAUUAGUAUUAUUUUUGAUGAAUUAUUUACUGCCUUAGUUCACUAGAUUUGCACUUUUUUUUUUCUCUGAGGAACCGUUCCCGUACAGAAAGGCCUGAACACUGACGAUGUUACAAUUAUUAGUAUUAAUAUUAUUGUUGUUAUGUUUAUGGAACCCCCCUCAAGCAGUUUUUGCCUCUUUUGAAUGAUGAUCGCAGUCGUCCAGUAAAGCAAACAAUCUUGUCACGUGGAAUGGCCUAAAAAUGAUAUUUUUAUUCUUUGUUAUGGAUCACGUGUGCAUUUUGACUAUUACCAAUAUAUGGGGUGCGGCCUUUUCCAUGUCCCACUCGCCGAAGCUUUCGGUCCACCUUUUAGAGCACACGUAAUACGGCGCUGAUUUGUAUGCAAAUAAAAACACUUAAAAAAAAUUGUAUACAGGCACUUUCCAUUUUAAUCAGUACUGUAUCCUGAGAUAAAGCCAACAAAAUAAACACAUGUAAAAGACAUUGUAAAUAUAUUUUAAAACCUGAUAUUAUUUUUUUUAAUGUUCAGCAGAAAGUACAGUAGCUAAACCUCACAGGGCAGCCUGUGCCAUAAUGUAAAGCAUUUGAAUGGCUUUUUUUUUUUUAAUCUAGAAAAUUGAGAUCAAAAUAAAAAAUCUAAAAAGUUCACAACGUAAAUGUGACCUAUGCCCUGUACUCAUCAAUUGAUUUAAAAAAAAUAUAUAUCUUUUCGGGAGGGGAAUUUAAAAAAAUUAAGAUAUUGUGGUUGCACAAUUGUACACACCCUGGGGGUGGGUUGUUUUCGCACACCUGCCACCAUUUAAAUUUUUUCUGAUGAACCACAAAAUGUUCACAUGUUUUUUUUUUUACUUUUUUUAUGCCAUCGUUGACUGGAAUUUGGAAUGCUUCAUAAUUCCCCAUGUAUCCAUUAUCAGGCUAUAUAUAAAAUCCAUGAUUCCAAAAAGGUAAUAUUUUGUUGGGUUUUUUUUUUUUUUUUUUUGAAAGUGUACCUGAUAAAUUGGUGAGCGAUUGUUUGUAUACAUUAGGUAUGAAAAGGAAUAUUAGAGGCAUAAUUUAAACUGAAGUUUUCAUUCUGUGUUAUUGUUUUUGUGUAGUUUGCCACGCCCCCCGCCCCCCCCCCAUUAAUUUUCUUGGAAAAAAAUGUUUAGCCGUCGAGACGAGAGGGUCCUCUUGCGCUGGAGCGCCGUGAGAGUAACGCAAGAAUAUUCAUUCCAUUUUUUUAUUUUUUAUUUUUUCUUGUGUGAAUAAUAAUAAUAAUAAUAUUAGUCCACCGUGCAUGUGUUCGAUGCUUUGUGUACGUCCGGCAAAAAAAAAAAAAAAAAAAAAAGCAAGACAGAAAUAUACCGCAUUAUCAAAUAAAAAGAUGUCUUUGAAAA